AUGAAUAGUAUCAUAUGCUACAACAAGAUCACUUUCAAAUCAAAGACUGAGAUCCAUCACUUCAGAUCAUUACGAGGCGCUUUAUAAGAUGAAGGUUCUCACGAUAACUGUCCUCGCAGCUUUUCUAGCAGCAUCUACUUCGGCUCAAAGCAGUGCUAUAAUCUAUUCUGUAGCGACAUCCAUUCCUUGGAGUCCAAAGGCUCCCUCAUCAGUCGAUCAAAGUGUGGUCUACAAUGACACGUACUAUCUAUCAGACCGCACUAAUGCUGGGGUACACGUUGUCUCCCUUAUCAACAAGACGCAGACCAAACUUAUCACGGGUUUCUCGACUGGCCUUGUUAAGGGAAAGCUCAGCUCCUCCAUAUCCGGCCCGGACGGCAUGAUUGUUCUCCCCUCUCGCAACGAACUCUGGGUUGGCGACGGCGAUGGCACCAUCAAGAUCAUUGAUCUCUUCAAUUCCACCAUCAUCGCCUCCAUCAACACAACUUCCACUAAGCGUGCAGACGAAUUCGCCUAUGACCCCACCAACAACAUCGUAGUCGUCACGAACCCUAACGAAAAAAUCCCAUAUGUGUCUGUCAUCUCGGCCACAAAGCGCACAGUACUCGGCCGAAUCAUGUUCCCAAAUGUCACAGAACUCGAGCAGCCUGCAUUCAAUCCCGCUAACGGCUUAUUCUAUGUCUCCGUGCCAUCUUCAGGGGCGCAUCCAGGCGGAUCGAUCUGUACGCUGGAUAUUGCGGGUCUGUCGAUUGCGCAGACGUACCCGAUCCCUGACUGCGUUCCUGCUGGCAUUAUCUUUGGACCGACGAACCACCUCUUUAUCGGAUGCUCUGGAUCACAAAUUACAGACUAUGGAUACGCUGCCUCGUAUAUUAUGGAUGUUUCCACCGGCAAAAUAAUAUCAAACGUCUCUAGCCUUGCUGGGGUUGACCAGGUUGCCUACGAUUCUACGGCGAACUUGUUCUACGCAUCUGCAUACCAGAACCUUGCGGCUGGAGGGAAUCCGAUGCCACAGAUUGCAGUUGUGAAUGCAUCGAGUGGGGUUUUGGUUCAGACACUAGUCACGGAUAACGUGACGGCACAUUCCGUAGCUGUUGAUGAGAAGAAUGGCCUCAUGAUCGUCCCCAUCCAAAAGCAGGGGAUUGUCGUAUAUGACCUCAAGGCUGGUGUGAAGGGAAGUGUAACGGGGGCGGCUGCAAAACCAUCCGCGAGCUUAAAGACGAGUGGCGGGGUUGUGAUUAGCGCCGUGCGAGCCCUGAUGACUACGGUUAUAAUUGGCAUUGCAGGGUCACUACUACUAUAA